AUGUCUGGAAGAGAAGAAUCGAAAAAUGAAAACAUCUUGGAGCUAUCAAAAUCAGAGGCAUAUCAAGAAUCAGCUGAAUCAGCCGCCCCUCAAAAAAAUAUCAUUGCAAAUACAGGACUAUUUUUAUGCAUAGGCUCCCUUACUUUAAUUCUUUUUAUCACAGCCCUUGACAUUCUUAUCGUGGGAACAAUUAUUGACGUUGUUGCCGAGCAGUUUGGAGAGUAUUCUAAGACUGGUUGGCUUGUAACAGGCUAUAGUCUACCAAAUGCUAUUUUCAGUCUGCUUUGGGGACGAUUAGCCUCCACAAUUGGUUUUCAAACAAGUGUUGUAUUUGCAAUAGCAAUUUUUGAAGCGGGUUCGUUGGUGGCCGCGUUAGCGCAUUCAAUGAACAUGCUAAUUGCAGGAAGAGUUAUUGCUGGGGUUGGUGGAAGUGGCCUUCAAACACUUUGUUUUGUGAUUGGAUCUUCUAUGGUGGGAGAACGAUCAAGACCUUUGAUCAUCUCUGUUCUUUCCUGUGCUUUUGCAAUAGCCGCUGUUGUGGGGCCCAUUAUCGGAGGAGCUUUUACAACACAUGUGACAUGGAGAUGGUGCUUUUAUAUCAAUUUGCCUAUUGGUGGCCUGGCUAUCAUUUUGUUUUUAUUAACUUAUAACCCUGACAAAAAAAGAUUUAGUACGAGAAUUAGAGGUUUCUUGGAGUCUCUUUUGAAAAUUGAUCCUCGCAAGCUUGUUAUGAAAAAUCUAUGGUCAGAAUGUUUUAAGUCUCUGAUAUUUAAGUUUGAUUUCAUAGGCUUUAGCAUCAACUCGGCUGGUUUGGUUUUAUUUUUACUAGGAUUGACAUUUGGCGGUAAUGUUUAUCAUUGGGGGUCAGGUCAGGUGAUAACAUACCUGGUAUUAGGGGUAGUGCUGUUUUUGUGCUCUUUAGUUUACGAUUUCUUCAUUUUUGACAUAUUAAAUCCUCAAGCUACCAAUAUGGCUUUCAGGCCUCUCCUGCUGAAAAAAUUGCUAAUACAUCCUGCGAUCCUAAUACCAAACUUGGUCACAUUUUUACUGUGUGUUGGAUACAAUGGCCAGAUGAUUUACUCGGUGCAGUUUUUCCAACUUGUUCUCGGAUCCAGUGCGUGGAAGGCAGGUCUACAUUUGAUACCGAUUGUUAUCACAAAUGUUAUAGCUGCAAUCACAAGUGGAAUUGUAACAAAAAAAUAUGGGGUUGUAAAGCCGAUGCUAGUGUUAGGGGGCGUGUUAGGUGUAAUUGGAGCUGGCCUCAUAACACUAAUGGAUUACAAAUCCAAUUCUUCGAUGCAAAUAGGUGUGCUUAUUUUACCUGGAUUUUCAUUGGGUUUUGUACUUCAAGCUUCACUUAUGACUACACAGCUCCAAAUUCAGAAAGACCGUCCAGAAGCAAUGGUAGACUUCAUUGAGAUAACAGCCUUCAACACUUUUAUGAAAUCACUAGGAACAACAUUUGGAGGAAUUCUCUCAACUACUGUAUUUACGGCUUCCCUAAGUGAAAAAAUAUCUAAAUUGCAUCUCGAACCUUACGUCAAUCAAAGUGUAGACGAUAUGAUUCAUUAUCGGAUCAAUAAUUUUGAUGGAAAACAUUCAGUCAUCGCAGCCACACUCAGCGACUCUAUCAAAAAUGUGUUUUGGAUGGAUUUAGGGUUUUAUGGCCUGGGGUUUAUCUUAUGCAUUUUCGCAUCCAAUAAAAAACUUUCAGUUUCCAAGACUUCCAAAGCCAAAGACGACUUAUGCGUCUAA